AUGUCAAAACUAGAAGAGGUCAAGAAGGAGAUUGCCAAAUACGACUAUGUUCGUUUUUCUCUCUGUGACUUGAACAGUGAAUAUCGUGGUCAAGUUGUUGCUGGUCGCCAUGCUGCCAAGUACCUGGAAGAAGGGAUUGAUAUAGCUCAAGGUAUUCUUAGAGCACUCCAGUGGAAACUCUAUCCUCAUAUUGACCAUGAGAAAAGCUAUAAAUGGGGCAAAGCUAUUAUAUAUCCUGACCUUGACACCCUCAGACCCAUUCCUUGGGCAGGGGACGGGGUCAAGGUCGCUGAGAUAUUGUGCGAAUCCCGGUGGAAGAAAGACAACUCUCCCCAAGGUGCAUGCCCUCGGUAUGUCGCAAGAAAACAGCUGCAGAGAUUGGAUGAACAAGGAUAUGCUUUCUUUUCUGGCUAUGAAAUAGAAUUCAGUAUUCUGGAAGAAGAAACCCUGAACCCUAUAUUUGAAUGUUGGAACCUGUACAGCCAAAGAAUGUUCAACAAACACAGCAAACGUCUACUUCAUUUUGACAAGAACUUCAAAGAAUCAAACAUUGAUGUGGAAAGGUACCAUACUGAAGCGGGACCUGGAAUGUGUGAAGCAACCAUGAAACCAAAAUUUGGCAUAGAAAGCACUGAUAUGGCCAUGAACAUAAAAGAAGGACUCAUGGAAAUGGCAACAAAUCUGGACCACCAUGUAGUCACCUUCAUGACAUUUCCUAUCUCUGAGAAAAACCCAAUAGGAACUAACACUCAUCUAAAUAUUUCACUUUGGAACAAAAAUGGCGAGAGUGUGUUCUACGAUGCGUCAGCUCCAGAUAAGUUAUCCGACAUUGCCAAAUAUUGGAUUGCUGGUAUUCUGAGGCACAGUAAAGCUCUCUGUGCCUUCUGCAACCCCACUGUCAACUGCUACAGGACCAUCAACAAGCCUUUCUGUCCAUCAGCCAUAUUCUGGGCAAUAGAGGAGCAAAAUGCACUUUUAAGAGUGAAGAAUGAAAGUCCCUCGAAGACAUACAUAGAGAACAGGCUUCCCAGUGGCAAGUGCAACUCGUAUCUGGUUUUGGCGUCGACCAUCGCCGCUGGUCUGGAUGGAGUCAUAAACAAACUGGAGUGCCCACCCGAGGGGAGUUCCGACAACGCCGAGAUUCUCCCCCAUAGUCUGGAUGAAGCUCUGGAGGAGUUGGAGCAGGAUGAUGUACUCGUCAGCGCCCUCGGCAGCGAGCUGGUUACAUGGUUUGUCAAGUGCAAGAGAGUUGGAGAGAUUGACCUGUUCAAAGAUGUUGAAACUGAUGAGGAAAGACACAACUGCACACAGGACACGUCGACACUAGAAGUGGUCAAGAAGGAGAUUGCCAAAUAUGACUAUGUUCGUUUUUCUCUCUGUGUCUUGAACAGUGAAUAUCGUGGUCAAGUUGUUGCUGGUCGCCAUGCUGCCAAGUACCUGGAAGAAGGGAUUGAUAUAAAUCAAGGUAACCCAACAUCAUUUACUGGUUCUGAUUCUCAGGUGGACUAUAAGGAUAAAUGGGAAUUGCUUGUGCCGGGGUGUCGGGCUGCCACGUUGUUGAUUGGAUAG